GCAGGAGAAGCCAGGAGCCACACCUCCCAGGCAGAGGCACCCUGCCCAGCAGCCUUCCUGGGGAGCAGACCCGCAGCACAAUGAUAAGCCCUCGGUCCCUGUCGUGCCUUGUCCUCCUGCCACUGGGUGCCUGCUUUCCUCUACUGGACAGAGAAGAGCCCGUGGCAGCCAUGAGUGGUGUCGGAGGCGAGAUGAGCUGGGCCAACCUGCCCGGGGGGCACCGCGCCCCCCUCCCGCGGGGCUCCUCCCGGUGGCUGAGAGCACCACACCCACAUGGGCUGCUUGUCACGGCCAAGGAACUGCAGAUGUCGGGCCGGCAGCGUGCUGGCUUCAGGUUCCGGUUCGGGAGGCAGGACGACGGCAGUGAGGCGACUGGCUUCCUCCCGGCGGAUGGUGAGAAGGCCCACGGCCCGCUGGGGACCCUGGCUGAGGAGCUCAGCAGUUACAGCAGGAAGAAGGGUGGCUUCAGCUUCCGCUUCGGCCGCCGGUGAGGGGCCAGGGCGUCCGUGGACCCUUCCUGCUGCCCCUCCCGCUCCUGUCUUCUCCUUGAGCCUGAAAGACGGGGACACUAUAAAGGCAUGGGGAUUAUUACAAUGAAUUCUUAGCAGUAGGAUCACUUAGGUGGGUGCUUGCUUUUGACUUCCAACUUGGCCGAGGCAAAGACCUGGAUGGUGUCAAAAAGGAGGUGACCUAAAGCCAGCUGUAUCCUGGUGAAGAAGAAAGCACUGCCCUACUGUAGCUGUUCCAGCCCCCUUCCCUGGUGGCCCAGCUCUGAGCAGUCCCCUGGCCCGGCAGCCAAUGAACAGGCAGGGCUGGCUGUGCUGCUCUGAGCUGAAGCGAGGUGGGCUGAUGAUGACAGCAGAGUAAAGUUUUGACAGUCUCCAUAAGAAUGCCUGUAGCUGACAUCCGAAGUGCAGCUCUCAGUGAGUACACCCCACUGGGUAGAGAGUAUGGUUCUGAAAGUUAAAAAAAAAAAUCUUGUUCUCCACCCCAUUAACACAAGAUCCCUCUAGCAAGAAAACCCCGCUGUGGUGUGGAGACUGUUCGGAACUGGCUGCCCAUUCCCUUCUGAUAACUGUCCUCGGUGGUACAGUGUUUAUUUACCAAGCCAAGGGUCUAGUGGGAGAUGAACAAGGAAGGAAUACGUUUUUGCUUGAGCAAGGUUGCAUUUCAAAUGUUCAGAAUAUGAAUGUGUUGUGUGCCUCUUUUGAAAUAAAAGUUGCAACUGAAAACCA